AUGCCGAUAACCGAGGUAUUCAUUCCACAGAAGGGGAUGAAAUAUAUACUGCAAUGGACGAGCCCAAAUACAAUACCAAUGAUAUAUUGGGGUCGAGGACAACAGGAGUUUAUUAAACGUAAGUGUAAAGUCAACAGUUGUUACGUAACCCCAAACAGAUCGCUUCUUCCGAACAUCUCACAGUUCGACGCAGUUGCGUUUCAUGGCCCUGAAAUAACAAAAUACGUGCCAGGCCCAAAAGUACGGAGUCCGCAUCAAAAAUACGUGUUCGUCAGUAGGGAGACACCACAAUACUACCCGAUUUGUGACAAGAGAUAUGAUGGAUAUUUCAAUUGGACUUGGACGUAUAGGUUGGAUUCUGAUGGAUCUUACGGAUACGUUACUAUUAGAAACAUUAGUGGCGAUAUCAUUGGCCCGAAUAAAAUUAUGCACUGGAUAAAACUAGGUGCCAUGCAACCAGUCGAUAACGAGACAAAAAUGCUGUUGGAGAGAAAAAACAAGGCCGCCGCCUGGUUUGUUUCAAACUGCGAUACUCAUAGUAGAAGGGAAAAUAUCGUCACUAAGCUGCAAAGUAAAUUAAAAAGAUACGGUUUGGGGAUAGACAUUUUCGGCGAAUGUACUAGAGCAUCGAAAAAAUGUCCAAAGACAAGAAUGAACGAGUGCUUGAAGAUGGUUCAAGAGGAGUAUUAUUUUUAUCUCUCCUUUGAGAAUUCGUUUAGCGAAGAUUACGUGACUGAGAAAUUGCUGACGGCGCUUCAGAAUUACGCGGUGCCGGUGGUGCUCGGAGGCGCUAACUACACACGAUUUAUGCCAGAUGGAAUUUACUUGCACGGGGGUAAAAUGCAGCAGUUCCGCUUGGCGAAAGAAAUGAAAGCUAUCAUAAAAGACAAAGACAGGUACUACAGUUUCUUCAAGUGGCGUAAUCAUUAUUCUUACCACGAUAAAGACGAGGCGCCAGAUUCUGAUGACCUGUGCAGAAUGUGCGAGAUGCUUCACGACCAAGCUCUUGUGAAGAAGGAAACUGUGUACAAGGAUUUCAGAAAAUGGUGGAACGUUCCAGGGGCUUGCUCAACUAGACUUAGGGUUGUAAAAUAUUUUUAA